ACUUGCCCGGCUGCUCAUUAUCCAGCGCCGUUCUCUGUCCCUUUCCGUCUCAUCUUUGGAGUUGCCACGCCCUGUAUGCCCCCGAGGAUAUCCUGGCAUUGCACGACGACAAGUCUUGGGUUCUGCAUUGGUAGGUUAGGGCUGGCCUUUCAACCCGCUUCGUGAAAUCCGCCUUCCUCUGCAUCCCCUAUUGGCCAUCUCCUUCCAUUCCAGAGGCGCGCCUACAUCCCAGAGCCUGUAUCCCUUACGACAUCAACCACCGACCGCCGAGAUGGAGGAAGAGGACCAUCUUAAGGAUGGGUUAGAAGGACUCAAAGUCGACACGAGUUUAGAUGCUGCAUCUACUACGACUAUCAAAAAGGAAGGCGACAGCAUGACUUCAACACCUAAUGACAGCAAAGGCUCUCGGUCUCAGAGCUUGUCUCCCGAUGACCGAAAGGCCCGUAGUGAUAGUGCAUCCACUCCUGACGGUGCUCAGCCUCCGAAAUUAUCGCGCAAGUCCUCACAGAAACCUCCACACCGACCUACGACUCUCUUUACCCAUUUGCCGGAUGUAACCGCCGAGUCUUGUGAGCACUUCCAAGUGAUACCUGAUUGCUUGUACGGAUCCAAGUCGCUUGGCUCAACAGAUCAUGAUUCAUUAGACUGCGACUGCAGUGAAGAAUGGCGGGAUGGAAUGAACCAUGCCUGUGGGGAAGACUCUGACUGUAUCAAUCGGGCCACGAAAAUGGAGUGUGUUGACAAAAACUGCAACUGCGGUAACGAGUGUCAGAAUCAAAGGUUUCAGCGCAAGCAAUAUGCCGAUGUGUCCGUCAUCAAGACAGAGAAAAAGGGGUUUGGCCUUCGUGCAAACACAGACAUCCAAGCGCAUGACUUCAUUUUCGAGUACAUUGGCGAAGUCAUCAAUGAACCUACUUUUCGCCGACGCGCAAUUCAAUACGACAAAGAGGGCAUUCGGCAUUUCUAUUUCAUGUCACUGACCAAAAACGAAUUUGUUGAUGCUACGAAAAAGGGCAAUCUCGGUCGCUUUUGCAAUCAUUCAUGCAAUCCUAACUGCUACGUGGACAAGUGGGUGGUUGGCAACAAACUGCGUAUGGGUAUUUUUGCCGGGCGGAAAAUUCAGCUCGGUGAAGAGUUAGUGUUCAACUAUAAUGUCGACAGAUAUGGUGCGGACCCUCAACCUUGUUAUUGUGGUGAGCCUAAUUGCAUCGGUUUUAUCGGGGGCAAGACCCAGACUGAACGCGCGACUAAACUCUCCGAUGCAACUAUCGAAGCUCUGGGCAUUGAUGACAGCGAUGGCUGGGAUACUGCUGUCGCCAAGAAGCCGCGGAAGAAAAAGAUUAGCGAAGACGAUGAGGACUACGUUAACAGUGUACAGGCUCGUAGUCUGGACGAAGAUGGAAUCCCUAAAGUCAUGGCGACACUCAUGCAGUGCAAGGAGAAAUGGAUUACCGUCAAGUUAUUGGAGCGUAUCCAGCGCUGCGACGAUGAUAGGGUGCGCAGUCUUGUCGUGCGACUGCACGGAUACACAAUCCUAAAGGCCGUGCUCAAGACUUUCAUUGAAGACAGCAACGUCGUCCUCCAAGUCCUAAGCAUACUUUACGACUUUCCUCGUUUGACCAAGAACAAGAUCGUGGAUUCAAAGAUCGAAUCCACUAUUCAAUCAUUGACCCAGUCAGAACAUGAAGAUGUUGCUAGAGAUUCAGCACGACUCUUAGAUGAAUGGGGCAAGCUGGAGUUUGGUUACAGGAUUCCUCGGAAGAAACUAGACCCCAACGCACCAUCAACUCAGAACUCGCAGCCCAUUAAUUCUUUCGAGGAGCGCCGUAGCGUCCGCCCGGAAGAGCCACCCAAGACUUUACCCUCCACAUUACCAACAAACACCCCUAAAGGCCCGCGGAGCAAUAUCCCUCAGCGGAACCCCAAUGUAUUCAAUGGCUACCCUCGUCGCAAUCGCCCGCCGCCUCCAACUCUUCCUGCAGGUUGGUUUGCAGCCACUGAUAAGCGUGGCAGUCUGUACUAUUACACUAAGACUGGUGUCACAACUUGGCAGAGACCAACAGAGCCUCCAUCAGAUCCAGCUCCAGCGCAAUCCAACGGACCUUCCAAAGCGCAGCAAGAAACAAAGGCUUUGCAAGACAUUAUCGAUUCUCUGACGAAACCUGGGGUAGUGCCUGGCCGCUCAGCGUCGCAAACCCCUCAGCCAACGAGUACCCCCACCCAGGAGACUAAGAAGGAAAAGUGGCGUUCUCUGCCAAUUGAGAAGCAAAUGAAGAUUUAUGAGAACACUCUUUUCCCUCAUGUGAAACAUGUCAUGGACAAAUUCCGGCAUAAGCUGCCCAAAGAGGAACUCAAGAGAUUUACUAAAGAGGUUAGCAAAAAGCUCGUAAGUUCGGAUUAUAAAAACAAUCGUGUUGAUGAUCCCACUUCGAUUACGGAGAAGCAAGAGAGAAAGGUAAAGGCCUACGUCAAAGACUUCCUCGACCGUGCUGUUCAGAAAUAUCAGGAGCAUGAGAAAAAGAAGUCAGAACGUGCCAUAAAUGAUCCUUCAAAACCCUUGCAGCAUCUAGUGGUCAAUGGACAAGAUACUCGUAUGGAGACGCCUGUGAGCAGGGACAAUGGGGACAUCGCUAUGACCGAUGAUGAAGAAGCAGGAGCAACACCAGGUAGUACUGACCUCAAGAGGAAGCGCCCCGGCGAUGACCUCGUCGGAUCUCCUGAAAUGACGCCAUCCGAAACACCAUUCUUGAAGCGGCUCAAGGAAAACGAGGACGAUGCGCCGAGUCCACCUCCGCCACCUCCUCCUCCUCCACCCCCGGAUAAUGAGGAUACGUUCGAUAGUAUCAUGACAGAACAAGAUACUGCUCUUGAGGAGCAAGAGACAGCUCUUCUCGAGCAACAGGAGGAGGAGCGACAACGAUUGCGGGAGGAGGAGGCUGCCUUGGAGAGGGAAAAUGAGCUUAAUAUGCUCGAAUUCCAGAGGGCUGAACUCAAUAAUGAGGCGACGAGCGUGAUGAGCCAUUAGCCGUCUACAGCUAUGUAUAUGGCAUCAUUCUCACGGCGCCUUACAAUGGACAUAUAAUCGAACUGCCUCUUGAUGCUAUAUAAUUACUCGUUUUUUAUCUGGUUGGCUGGUUCCAGUUGCGUGCAUUUUCAGGGCUGCAUCCUCUACUACAGGGAAGGAUAAAUGAUGAUGGCGUUUCAUUCUUGUUUUCCACCAUACCCCCAGCUUAUUUUAAAGCUGUCCAUGAAGCCACUG